AUGUGCAACUGUAAAGCAAUUAUCAAAAAUGCAGACACGUCCAAAGAGAUGCAACAGGAUUCAGUGGAGUACACUACUACAGUGCUGCAGAAAUAUAACCUAGAGAAGGCUAUUGCGGCUCACAUCAAUAAGGAGUUUGACAAGAAGUACAACACCACUUGGCACUGCAUUGGGAGGAGAAACUUUGGUAGCUAUGUGACACAUGAAACCAAACACUUCAUCUACUUCUACCUGGGCCAGGUGGCCAUUCUUCUGUUCAAAUCCGGUUAAAAGCAUGGACUCAGCCACAAACUCAAUGAUCCACCCAAAAACAAGAA